UAAAAUUUCAGAGCUUGUUUAGUUGUUUUUCCAAAUUUUCGAUAUAAACAGGUUCCGCUUGGCUGUUAAAUCUCGUCACUGUCCUGGUUUCGGUUCCCGCGAAAUUCCGAAACUCCUUUUUCCAGAUCGCCGGAAAAUAUCGCAAUCUACGGAUUUCAAUUAUUUUGGCGGAACAUGAGUAGUUUGGUGGAGAGGCUACGCGUAAGAUCAGAUCGCAGGCCAAUUUAUAAUCUUGACGAGUCAGAUGACGAUGCUGAUUUUUUGCCAAGAAAAUCCGGGACAACACAGGAAAAGUUGGAGAGAAUAGUGAGAACUGAUGCGAAAGAGGAUUUAUGUCAAGCCUGCGGUGAAAAUGAAAAUCUUGUGAGUUGUGAAACUUGCACUUAUGCUUACCAUCCUAGGUGUUUACUUCCACCCCUUAAAGGACCCCUUCCAGACAACUGGAGAUGCCCUGAAUGUGUUAGCCCACUUAAUGAUAUUGACAAGAUAUUAGAUUGUGAGAUGCGACCUACUACUGCUGCUGACAAUGAUGCCACAAAAUUAGGGUCAAAACAAAUUUUUGUUAAACAAUACCUUGUUAAGUGGAAAGGCCUAUCAUAUCUGCACUGCACAUGGGUGCCGGAGAAAGAGUUUUUGAAGGCAUUUAAGACUCAUCCUCGUCUAAAGACAAAGGUGAACAACUUCCAUCAGAAAAUGGCAUCUAUCAAUACUUCUGAUGAUGACUUUGUUGCCAUUCGACCUGAAUGGACUACAGUUGACCGGAUACUUUCUUGCAGGGGUGAUGAUGAUGAGAGAGAAUACCUUGUGAAGUGGAAGGAACUUCCAUAUGAUGAGUGUUAUUGGGAGUUUGAGUCAGAUAUUUCUGCAUUUCAGCCAGAAAUAGAAAGAUUCAAUAGAUUUCGGUCUAGAUCCAGUAAAUUUUCUUCUAGUAAACAUAAACAGAGUGUUAAAGAUGAUACUGAAUUGAAGAAACAGCAGAAAGAAUUUCAACAUUAUGAACACAGCCCUGAGUUUCUCUCAGGUGGUACAUUGCACCCAUAUCAGCUUGAAGGCUUGAACUUCUUACGAUUCUCUUGGUCCAAGCAGACUCAUGUUAUACUUGCUGAUGAAAUGGGGCUUGGAAAAACCAUACAAAGUAUUGCUUUCCUGGCAUCCCUUUUUGAAGAGGGUGUCUACCCACAUCUGGUGGUUGCUCCACUUUCAACUCUGCGAAAUUGGGAACGUGAAUUCGCAACAUGGGCACCUCAUAUGAAUGUGCUAAUGUAUGUUGGAUCUGCCCAAGCUCGUAGUGUAAUAAGAGAGUAUGAAUUUUACUUUCCAAAGAAACAAAAGAAGAUCAAGAAAAAGAAAUCUGGUCAGCUAAUUAGUGAAAACAAGCAAGAGAGGAUUAAGUUUGAUGUUCUUUUGACAUCGUAUGAGAUGAUCAACUUUGACACAACAUCACUCAAACCUAUAAAAUGGGAGUGCAUGAUAGUCGAUGAAGGUCACCGUCUGAAAAAUAAGGAUUCUAAAUUAUUUUCCUCACUGAAGCAAUAUUCUAGCAGGCAUCGUGUUCUCUUGACCGGAACUCCUCUUCAGAACAACUUGGAUGAGCUUUUUAUGCUUAUGCAUUUCCUUGACGCUGGGAAGUUUGGAAGUUUAGAGGAGUUCCAGGAAGAGUUUAGGGAUAUCAAUCAAGAGGAGCAGAUUUCAAGGCUUCAUAAAAUGUUGGCUCCACAUCUCUUGCGAAGAGUGAAGAAAGAUGUCAUGAAGGAAUUACCUCCUAAAAAGGAACUUAUUCUACGUAUUGAGUUGAGCAGCAAACAGAAAGAAUAUUAUAAGGCAAUUUUGACCCGUAAUUAUCAGAUAUUAACUCGUCGUGGUGGUGCUCAGAUUUCUCUUAUCAAUGUUGUUAUGGAAUUGCGGAAGCUUUGUUGUCAUCCUUACAUGUUAGAAGGAGUGGAACCAGAUAUUGAUGAUGCAAAAGAAGCAUACAAACAGCUAUUGGAAUCGUCAGGGAAGCUGCAAUUGCUGGACAAGAUGAUGGUCAAACUUAAAGAGCAAGGACAUAGAGUCCUUAUAUAUUCCCAAUUUCAGCACAUGCUGGACUUGCUUGAAGAUUACUGUACUUACAAGAAUUGGCAGUAUGAGAGGAUUGAUGGCAAGGUUGGUGGAGCUGAAAGACAAGUUCGGAUAGAUCGAUUUAAUGCCAAAAAUUCUUCAAGAUUUUGCUUUCUUCUUUCUACUAGAGCUGGGGGAUUGGGGAUAAACCUUGCAACUGCUGACACGGUUAUUAUAUAUGAUAGUGAUUGGAAUCCUCAUGCUGAUUUACAAGCUAUGGCUAGAGCUCACAGACUCGGACAAACUAACAAGGUGUUAAUUUAUAGGCUUAUAACACGAGGAACUAUUGAAGAGAGGAUGAUGCAGAUGACCAAGAAGAAAAUGGUUUUAGAACACCUAGUUGUGGGGAGGCUAAAGGCUCAAAAUAUCAACCAGGAAGAAUUGGAUGACAUUAUAAGAUAUGGAUCAAAGGAGUUAUUUGCAGAUGAGAAUGACGAAGCUGGCAAAUCCCGCCAAAUCCAUUAUGAUGCUGCUGCUAUUGAUAGAUUGCUGGAUCGUGAUCAAGUUGGAGAUGAAGAGGCCACUUUGGAUGAUGAGGAAGAAGAUGGAUUUCUGAAAGCUUUUAAGGUUGCAAAUUUUGAGUAUGUUGAUGAGGCUGAAGCUGCAGCAGAGGAGGCUGCCGCCCAAAAAAGAGCAUUAGAGAAUGUAAACAGUUCGGAGAGAACACAUUACUGGGAGGAGUUGUUAAGAGACAAGUAUCAAGAGCAUAAAGUUGAGGAGUUUAAUGCCUUGGGAAAAGGGAAGCGUAAUCGGAAGCUGAUGGUUUCUGUGGAGGAGGAUGACCUUGCUGGUCUGGAAGAUGUUAGCUCUGAUGGUGAAGAUGAUAAUUAUGAAGCAGAACUUACUGAUGGGGAUUCAAAUUCCACUGGGACUGGAACUACUACUGCUAGAAGGCCUUAUAAGAAAAAAGCUCGCAGUAUGUGUCAUUUUUUAAGUUUUUGUUUUGAUAUGAUGGGCCUAGAUUAUCUGUUUGUGAUGUUAAUAUUUAAUUUAUUAACAGCAGAUAGCACAGAGCCUCUUCCUCUGAUGGAAGGUGAAGGAAAAGCAUUCAGAGUCCUUGGUUUUAAUCAAAAUCAGAGGGCUGCAUUUGUUCAAAUUUUGAUGAGGUUUGGGGUUGGUGAUUUUGAUUGGAAGGAGUUUACUUCCCGCAUGAAACAGAAGACUUACGAAGAAAUUAAAGAUUAUGGAACCCUUUUCUUGUCUCAUAUCUCUGAAGAUAUAACCGAGUCCUCUACAUUCACAGAUGGUGUACCAAAAGAUGGACUACGAAUCCAAGAUGUACUUGUAAGGAUUGCAGUCCUGCUCUUGAUAAGGGACAAGGUGAAGUUUGCGUCACAACAUCCUCAAACUCCAUUGUUUUCAGAUGACAUCUUAUUACGCUAUCCAGGUUUGAAGGGAGCGAAGAUAUGGAAGGAGGAGCAUGAUUUGGUUUUGUUGCGUUCUGUUUUAAAGCAUGGUUAUGGAAGGUGGCAAGCUAUUGUUGAUGACAAGGAUCUGAAAAUUCAGGAGGUCAUCUGUCAGGAGUUGAAUCUUCCCUUUAUAAACUUACCAGUUCCAGGACAAGUUGGUUCUCAGCCACAAAAUGGUGCAAAUUUGACAAAUGCCGAAGUACCCAACAAUCAAUCUAGAGAAAAUGGUGGAAGUGAUAUACCAGCCGAUGGUGCGCAGGGUUCUGGUGAUGCCAGGAAUCAAGCACAAUUAUAUCAAGACUCCUCCAUAUUAUAUCAUUUUAGAGACAUGCAGAGAAGACAGGUUGAGUUUAUAAAAAAGAGGGUUCUUCUUUUGGAAAAAGGGCUUAAUGCUGAGUACCAGAAAGAGUACUUUGGCGAUCCAAAAUCAAAUGACGAACUUAAAAGUGAACCCAAGGCUCCUAAAUUAGUGGAAACUGACACCCAAAUGAUUGAUCAACUACCGCAAGUAGAAACUAUAGCUACAGAAGAAAUUUCGGCUGCUUGUGAUAGUGAUCCUAAUCGAUUGGAGUUAGUUCGUCUUUACAAUGAGAUGUGCAAGAUAGUCGAGGAAAACCCCAUGGAUGUGCAAGUUCAAACUUCUUUGGCAAGAGAACCAGCAGAGCUUCAUGUAGGGAAGAAUUUCUCACCACUAGAAACCAUUUGCAAAGACAUCAACAGAAUUCUAACACCCACAGAAGAACAAUCUGCUGCGGAUAUUCCAAUGUCAAAUUCAGAGAACAAAUCAGAGGUUAUGUCGCAGAGCGAGAUUUUGGGCGCCAAAUCACUGCCAACCCCUCAAGACUCCGCAAACAAUGAGAGUAAAGAUAUGAUAAUAGAAUCUGAACCUAUAAAAGAAAGCUGCUCAAGCCUGGUAAAAGAUACGAAUGAAAUACAGACUCUUCCGGACAAAGAGAAAAGUAAUACUAUAAUGGAUGAAACUAUGACUGAUGCUCAGUAGAAUGAUAACCCAGAGAAAUAGGAUGCUGGGGCAUUGUAAUGGAUGAUGGUUAAAUGCAAAAGUAGAAAGAUAUGUAUUGUACCGUGUAAUCUAGUCAACCUUGUUUUAGUACAUUAGAAAUGAAGUGAAUUAUAAACAAAAGUCACUAUAACAUAUAGCGGUAGUGGUUAAAUCCCUUGCCACUAACUCGGUUAGAAAUUGUUCUUCUUUUUCUACGUAUUGUUGUUUAGACGAAUUUAUAUUUAAAGGAGUUGAAGAGUAUGAUCAAUUGUAUACUACACGGCACGUUACCCUUCA